GUUGGUUGUAUCAAGUGAACAUCAGAUUGUCAUCACAAUGGAAGAAUCACAAACUGUCAAGAAUGGUCGAGUAUAUUUAGAAAACAAACGAACCAUUGUGUUGGCAAUCAGUCCUGGAAAUCCGUUUUUCUGUAAAGUGGAGAAUCUUCAAAAAAUGUUUCAAUUUGCGAGGAAAAACUCUGAUCAGAAGGUAAGAAUGUAUGUAUUAUUUAAAGCACGUGUAGGCGUAUUUUAUCAGAUAUAAAACGCCUCGCGUUUUAUAUCUGAUAAAACACUCCUACGCGUGCUUUAAAUGGCUUAAAAAACGACUCAUCUUAUAUGAGUUGAUUGGCGAAGUAAUUUUUAAAAUAAACUUUGUCUAAACCGAGAAAAUCAAAGCUAAAGUAUAAGUAAAUUAACAUGAUUUUUUUAUCACAUAUAAAGAUACGACACGCUUAUGAUUUUUCUUUGUGUUUUCCUCCUGAAUUAUUAACGAGUUCUUUAAAUAUGAAUAAUAUAAAGGAUUGAAUUUAUUUUAGCACUUUGCAGACUAACCAAGUUUCAAUAAGUGUGCAUUUUCUCUCUAAGAUCUUGCUGUUUCUGGUGGAUAAAAUAUCUGAACACAACUUCAGAGCUGUUGGAAGUAAGAAUCCAGAGAGGUCUGCCAGACUGAAAGGGAAUUGUCUUCGAAAUAAGUGUCAAGAAGCCUUGCACUCUUGUGGAAUACAAAAUGAAUCAGCUGAAUACAUCAACUGGGGUCGUGAUGUCGAAACCUCAGACUCCUACACCGGUGCUCUAAACUAUGUGAAACAUUUAUACCAAGUAAAUGAUCAGUUUCGCAAUGAAAUCCAGGAAUGCACCCAGCUUGCUCUUGUCGCAGUGAAACUGGCAAAUAGCCGCGAAGAAAAGAUGUCAGAGAGCAGUAGGAAUACCGCCGCAAUUGAUUUAGAAGAAGGCGUCGAAUACCUGUUGAAAGAAUUGGCAUUCUUUUCUGCUGUUAGUGAUAUCUAUGAAAGGUGUGAGGAAUUCGUGGUAGUCUAUCACGAGUGUCCCUAUAUGUCGUGUGUCGUGGGUUAAAAGUCGUGUGUCGUGGGUAAAGUCGUGGGUAAAGUCGUGGGUAAAGUCGUGGGUAAAGUCGUGGGUCAUAAAAUGUGCUAAAAACGCAUUUUUUCACGAAAAUAUUAUUUUUAAUAUUUUUUUCGUACUUUUUCCUUUUAUGCGCAAAAUUAAAAAUUAGGAAAAUUUAACGCAACAAAUCUCCAGUAAUAAAAUAAUGUGUACGUUAUCUGUAGUAUAACAAGUAAAUGUUUCCAUUUCGUAUAGUCUAAUAGUAAUAAGUCUAUCGAUGUAUCAGUUUGAUGAUAAAAUGUCUUAAGUUAUAGGAUAUAGGGUUAUUAGCUUUCGAAGUGUUAUAUGGUCCUAUCACGAACGUCGCGAAUAACUAUGUCGAGCCACAAAUUUUGCCAUUUUAUCUCCUACUGAGUAUAUGCCGGUUCGUGGCCUUUAAAGAUAGACACUGAACAUUUCAUGUGUAUGUGGCUUUAGGAAAUAUUCCAUAAAUUGCUACGAUUUGGGAUGAUUUCCCGAUUGAAAACCGAAACAUGAUGAUUUGUGCGAUGUCGGCCUAUUUGCCGACAAAGCGCGCUAGCCGCUGUUAUUUUGACAGAAUAUGAUUAUAUGAUAUAGGCCUACCUCUACACUUUUCAGCCGUAAUACAUAUAAAUGCGCGCAUUGUAAUCAUAUACAUAUCGUUUAAUUUAGCUUCAAAAACUUGAUAAAAAACAUGUUAUUCGUGUUGGUUCCGGAGCGCAAUGCCAAUGGUGUGAUCGUUGCCAGAGCACAUGCAAAGCCGCCUCGGUAGCCUAUAUAUCAUGUAUGCAACUCCGGGAAAUCUUGCUUAUUUCAAUCUAAUAAAGUCAACUUUUUUCUUUGAUAAUGUGCGCAACAUGCUGCGCAUUUUACAUUUAACAAAAUACGGCAAUUUUGAUUUUAUCAAGUGUUUGAAGCCGUAAAUUAAACGAUAUGUAUAUGAUUACAAUGCGCGCAUUAUGUGAUCACGGCUGAAAAGUGUAGAGGUAUCAUAUUUAUGAUGUUUUUCAAAAUAACAGCGGCUAGCACGCUUGGUCGGCAAAUAGCCCAACAUCGCAUAAAUCUCGGCGCAAAUCAUUUCGGUUUUCAAUCGCGAAAUCCCAAAUCUUAGCAAUUUAUGGCAUAUUCAGUCCGAACGCCACAUUACAUGAAAUGUUUGUCUAUCUUUAUUAAGGGCCACGAACAUAUACUAGGACUAAGAUAAAAUAGCAAAAUUUGAGACUCGAGCGUUGGCCACUUUACAGUCUUUACACUCAAUACAGCGUACAAUUUAUAGCUCACUAUGUUUGUAUCAAACAUAUGUCGACAUAGUUAUUCGCGACGUUCGUGAUAGGGACUAUAACACUUCCAAAGCUAAUAAACCUAUAUCCUAUAACUUAAGACAUUUUAUCAUCAAGCAAUAUAUCUAUAGACUUAUUAGACUAUACGAAACGGACAGAUUUACUUCUUAUACAGUAGAUAACAGCAAGAUAAGAAACAACAUGUAUAUUAUUUUAUUACUGGAGAUUUGUUGCGUUAAAUUUUCCUGUAUUUAUGUAGCGCAUGAAAGGAAAGGGUACGAAAAAAAUAUUAAAAAUAAAAAUAAUAUUUUCCGGUGAAAAAAUGCGUUUUUAGCACAUUUUAUGACCCACGACUUUACCCACGACUUUACCCACGACUUUACCCACGACACACGACUUUUAACUCACGACACACGACACACGACAUAUAGGGACACUCGUCUAUCACCGGCCAUGGCCUAUCUUAGAGAGAUAUUUUGACGGAAAAUACGACAAUGUCUCCAGGCCUUGUUUAGGUUUUUAUGUUCUAGAAUAGAUCGUCGGCCUAAACUGUAAUAUUGCAGAAGUUAGACCUUAUACAUUCAGGGAUUUGACCGAUUGAUAUUUAGGCCUAACAUUGAGGAAUUUGAGUUUUAUGUUUAAGAUUGCAGUUUAAAUUGUAAUUUUUUAAUCAAUAUUGAAUAAAACGAUAAUUAAAGUAGCCUAUAUCAAACGUUUUCUUCAUAUUUAUUUAAUUACAAUAAUGCAGACAUUCCAACCUCGGAGUCCUGAAAACCGGGACACUUCCCAAUUUUCCCAUUUUACUUAAAUAAACGCCUCCCUCGAAUAAACGCCUCACUCGAAUAAAUGCCGCGCUUUUCUCAUUCAUAUGGUGUCUAUUUGGGUUAGUGUUAAAAUUAGCUGACUUGAGUUCGAAUUAAACAAUAAAUUCACAGUGGAUGCUACAAAAACUAGUUCUAUAACACCUAUCCAUGAUUACACUAACGUUGAAACCCGUAAGUAACAUAACAUGUUCUCAACAAGCUUUAAUUUCAUUGAAGUACCAAGUAGUACUGGCGAAAUUGUUUUGUUUUAAUACUAGCGUUUUGAAUUGUGACCUCUCGUAUUCAAGAGCUCGUGAUUAUUGCGCCCGCUUCUGUUACGCUGCUUUACUUCAUGUAACCCUGGCC